CCCACAGGGACAGCAGUCCCAGCAUGGUGUACGUCAUCCUCGGAGUCUGGACGUGGAGUAUGUUCCAGUUUCCUCUCCACCUGUCAGUGUCUACCUCCAGACCUGAUGAAUAUUCAGAGGGGGACCAGGGUGUGUCUCUGCUGGCCAGACUAAGGACAGAUAUCUGGAGCAUGGUGGAGAGCCUCUUCGUCCAGGACGGACCCUUCCUGGUGGUCCGCCUCACCCUCAUCCUCUACUUCCACGUCAUACACCAGAUGCUCAUCUUCUUCGCCAUCAAGAACUUCCUGGUGGUCAUUCUGAACUUCUACCGUCUGUUUGCCAUCUAUUGCGACUACAAGGCUUCAGGUUGAUCUGGGGUUAUUGUCACAACUUCCUCCGAAGUCGGUCCCUCUCCUUGUUCGGGCGACGUUCGGCGGUCGACGUCACCGGUCUUCUAGCCAUCGCCGAUCCACCUUUCAUUUUCCAUUUGUUUUUUGUCUUGUCUUUCCACACACCUGGUUCCUGUUCCAUUCAUUACAUGUUGUUUAUUUAACCCCAUGUCCUUGUCCGGAAUUAUGUUUGUAAGUGCUUGUGCACGUUAUGCCGGUGUGCGACGGGUUUUUGUACCAUUUAUUGAUUGUUCUGUUUUCCGGUGGUUUUUAUGAUUAAACUGCGCCGUUGGAAACACUG